CUGGUCACAGCAACCAUAGGAUCUAGUCGUUUUAAAAGGACAAUGCUUUGUCUCGUGUGCGGCGAUACGGCCAGUGGAAUACACUACGGCGUGCUCUCCUGCGAGGGUUGCAAGGGCUUCUUUAGGAGGCUGUCCAUUAAAAGUAGUUUUGAAAUUAUUAUAUCGCUGAAAACACGCAAUCAUUGUCAGCCAUGCCGGCUAAGAAGAUGUCUAGAAUUGGGAAUGUCUCGCGAAGCAGCCAAGUUGGGUCGGCGAUCACGGAAGACCUGGAAGCACCUCGAUCUCUCCAUUGCCCUGCACGGCCAGCAUCUGGGCGAAGUCGAAGACGGAGGUUCCCUUCCAGCCACAGCUGCUGCUAGUGCCCCAGGAGGUAUUCAAAAUGAGUUUUGCAAAUUUGUUUCCCAAGCACAAUUUGUUCUGUUAAUUUUAGGCAGUCUUGGAAUAGUGCAGACGCAGAGUUUAGCAGACAUCGCAAAUUACUCGUGUGAAACAAAAUUUCUCGAGUUCUUAUGCUCAAGAAAUGGAAUUUAA